AACCAACACCAAAAACCAUUUCCACACACAGAAACACACACAAAACAAAAUCCCAAAUGGAAACCACCGGAAAAGCUAAGAAGGGUGCUGCUGGUCGCAAAGCUGGCGGUCCAAGGAAGAAGUCCGUCACCCGCUCCGUCAAAGCCGGUCUCCAGUUUCCCGUCGGCAGAAUCGGCCGUUACCUCAAACACGGCCGGUAUGCAAAGCGUGUCGGUACCGGUGCUCCGGUUUACCUCGCCGCCGUCUUGGAAUACCUUGCAGCUGAAGUGUUGGAAUUGGCGGGAAAUGCAGCUAGGGAUAACAAGAAGAACAGGAUAACACCGAGACAUGUUUUGUUGGCGAUAAGGAACGAUGAUGAGCUGGGGAAGCUGUUGGCCGGAGUUACGAUUGCUCAUGGUGGUGUUUUGCCAAACAUUAACCCGGUGUUGUUGCCAAAGAAGAGUGCUGCUGCUGCCAAAGAGACUAAGUCGCCUGUUAAACCUGGAAAGUCUCCCAAGAAGGCCGCAUAAUUUGGGUUGGGUUAAGUUGUAGUUAAAAUUGGGAAUGAAUGUAGUUUGGUAAUAGUGUUUGUUAUGUUUAUGUUGAGGUUAAUGAAUGAAUGAAAGAAACCGCUUGUUUCGCUUA